AUGUUUAGGAGGGGGUGGGGGCUGCUUGCUGCAAGCCACACUACACGUCGCGUUACGAUCACAGCGCUGUGGUGCGCCAAACGGAAGUACGGUCGGAUGUGGGAGCCCACUUGCGGAACACGCAGGAGGACGACGGUGACUUUUUCAAAAAUGUGGCGUUGCCGUGACCGCGUUGCGGUGUGUGCGUGGGUGCGUUUGGCGAGUAGUACUUCUGGCGGUAGCAGUGGCAGCAAAGACAUUGAUGUUGUUGACGAGACAAAACCCAUCCACAUCCGUGUUGCGGAGGAGAAGGACUCGCAGAUUUUCACCAUGCAGGAUUAUAUUGAGCGUGAGGAGGCGGAACUGAAUGCGUCUAGGUCCCUUGGCCAGAGGCUUUCCGACGCGCGCGACAACCCUGUUUGGAUGUUGUGGGCGCUGUUUUUUCUCUCACUCGGUGUGAUGACUGUUGUUGUCUCCAUUCGAGUGCGGCGCGAGCAGAUGCGCUUCGACCCCAAGUUGAGGGCUGUGAAGGCCUUUGACAGUCCCGAUGGACCGAGCAUUGGUGGCCCCUUCUCGCUUGUCGGCGUGGACGGCCGUCGUUACACGGAGAAGGAUUUCCUUGGCAAGUGGUUGUACAUCUACUUUGGCUUUACCAACUGCCCAGAUGUCUGCCCGGAGGAGAUGGCAAAGAUGAGCCGCGUUGUGCAGCACUUGGACAAGAAAGUUGGUCGCGACUACUGGCAACCGCUAUUUAUUUCCCUUGACCCACGCCGUGAUACGCCAGAAAAGGUGCGAGAGUACUUAGCUGAUUUUAGUCCACGUAUUCUCGGCCUUGUGGGAACGCAAGAGGAGGUGGAGGCGGCUGCCCGCGAGUAUCGUGUGUACUUUGCCAUCCCCGAUGAAGAGGGCAUGAGCGAGGACGACUACCUCGUUGAUCACUCCAUCAUCAUGUACCUCAUGGACCCGGAGGGCCGUUUCUGCGACUACACCACGAAGGAGUUUCAGUGGUUUGAGAGCUACAGUAAAUUGUUGCGCCGCAUGAUGGACUAUGAACGGGAGAAGGUGCGGAAGCAGCGGGAGCGGGGCGGGGAGCUGCAGCCGGGUGAGAGGGCGGCAAACAUGAAGGUGGCAAACAUCGCGACGAUGUUGGAUGAGAGUGCGGCGGCGGUGCCCAGCCGUGAGGAGCUGGAGAAUGCCAGACCGCAGCAGGCGAUGACAAUUCGGCGUUGA